AUGGAUUCUAUAAUGAUAUCUCCUGUUUUAUCUGCCAUUUCACCUCAAUCACAGCCUCAACAACAGGGCAUGCGAACUAAUAGUGACAUAAAUGACGUUGAUUCGGCCUAUUUCGAUGAUGAUUUGUUGGACGAAUUUCUAGAUUCUCGUCUUUAUGAUGAUCCUGCUCAAUUGGCCAAUGAGAUUUUGGCAACCUCUCAGCAGCAACAACAGCAGCAACAACAGCAGCAACAACAGCAGCAACAGCAGCAGCAACAACAGCAACAGCAAAUACUUCAAGAAGUUCAGUUCAACUCUCAGAACUAUGAUUCUUCUGAUUUAUACAACGCUGAGCUACAAAUUCGAGAGAUAAAACGGUACCAGGAUGCCAAAAACGUUCUUAUGAAGCUCAAAUUUGGCGACAGUCGUCACGGAGGCAAGCAAAGUAUCAAGCAGAGUAAGCAGAAGAGCCCUAUAACCCCUGAAAUGCCGGAAAUGUUCAAAUCCACUAUCCCUUCUGAGUAUUUGAAUGCAUUAAAUGACUCAGAAUUGCCUUAUCACCUUAGUAUAUCCGACCUACCAUCUUGUUCGCGUGUCGAGACUCAAAUCAGGCUGAAAUUGUCUGUUUCUCCGCCCCCCCCUCAAUUUCUAUUGCACAUUCCUCGUGGGAUCGUCGCUAAACCGAAGAUGACGCUCGAAGAUCCAGAAGUUUUAGAUUCUUUAAAGGCCAACAUGCUUUAUUUGGAUACUUUUGUUGUGGGUGCACAAGCAUCUACAGAAGAUCAGUCCAAUCUACGCAGUUUUAAUGUCUGCAGAAGGUGUAUGAGACGUGAACUGAAGCGUGCCUCUAGGCGUAAGUCUGGAAUUGUUGAAGAAUCCAGCGGUUGGAAUAUCAAUAAGCCUAAAAGAGCCAUUAUCUUCAAUUGUAAGGAAGUGGUCUCGUUUCCUCAGCCAUCUGGAGGUCUAACUAAUGAGUCUGAACGUAGUAUCGAGAUUCUAUCCCGUAUAGUUUGUUAUUGUCGUCAUCAUCAAGAGCCGCGUGGUUUCAGAUUGCUCUUUGUUCUUAAGGACAGCGAUGGUGUUGUCCUUGGAAAGACCUUUUCCGAUCCUAUUAUGAUUAUGGAUCGGAAGAAGUCAAUCAAAGGAAGUUCAAGUAAGCAUGGUUCCGUUGAUUCUGUGGCCUCUUGCAGAACGUCUCCUGGAGGAGUCAGUGCUGAUGAAGCCAAGCAUUCGAACUCGGGUCUUUCAGAGUCCUCGAGUGACUUCACUACAAGUGCCAGUGCAUCAGCAGCAUCAGUAUCGGCGGCAGCAGCAGCGAUUGGAGGUAUGACUCCAGCAUUUGUUAAUGCAGAUGAUAUAAGACCUAUGAAGCGUCAAAAGAGGCCUUGGUCGCUCUCUGAAAAGCCUGGAACUACAUAUUUUGACAGUGUUUCACAACGCAGAGCCCGUAAAAACGACUCUUUUUCAGGUAUGAGUGUGAAAAAGGAGCCGAUUUCUCCUAUGAGUUCUGAUACAUUGUCUCCUCAGAAUAACUUGUACACGUCUUCAGCUACCAGCGUGUUUUCUACGACGCCUGAGAAGAAGAUAUGCAUUUCACCAAGUUCACAGAUCCAAUCUUUACCUCCGUCUCAGUUGGGCAGACAUCCAUCAUCGGUUUCGUCAGCAGGAUCGUCUUCAGCAGCGGCACUAACCUCAGUAACAGACAUGGCAUCUAGAAUAUCUCCACCCUCUAUUCAACGAAUUAUUCCCGCUCAAGGCCCUAUUCGAGGUGGAGUCGAAGUGACAUUACUUGGGUCGAAUUUCCGUCCCGGAAUGGGUGUGAAAUUCGGUGCCAAUUUGUCCCUGGCGACACACUGUUGGUCUGAUUCGACUCUGGUUACUUAUUUGCCCCCUGCCGCGCAAGCAGGGCCCGUUUUGGUGACGAUUCAGGAUGGAACGGGUGAAAUUAUGGCCACAAAUCCGGCAUCUCAUCAAAUUUUUACCUACACGGACGAUUCGGACCGUCAAUUGAUCGAAUUGGCAUUGCAGAUCGUUGGUUUGAAGAUGAAUGGUAAGUUGGAGGAUGCUAAAAACAUUGCCAAGAGGAUUAUUGGUAACAAUCACGAGGGUCAGGAUGACGGAUCCAGAGGCUCCGAAAUGAGAGGUGACGAUGAAGGUAUAUCGUCGAUGUCAAUUGCAGAUACUUCUGCAUGGCUGGAAGAGGCUUCGAAUCGGAUGAAGGAGCUAUCCAAGACCGUUAUUAUAGACCACGAGCAAAUCCUGGUGAAGUUCUUAUCAAUGGUUGAUUUGCCUAAUUCACCUGUGGUUACUCCUAACUGGGCCAUUUGUACUUUGGAAGGACAGACGAUGCUUCAUUUGGCCUGUCAGAGAGGUUACUUCAAGUUAGCACGCUAUCUCAUUGAGCGCGGAUCUAAGGUAGAUUCACAUGACAGUAAUGGUCUUACUCCUUUACACUAUGCAUUGAUCUACGGCCGUAGAAACUUGAUUGUUCUGCUUAUUCGUUGCAAGGCUUCUUUGGCCUCGAAAUUGAAUAAUGGCGUGUCACUCGAGGAUAUUGCGGAUCCAAAUGUGCUAGAUUUGAUUGAUGUGGCUGGAACUGGAAGUGAACAAGGUAGUUUCACAUCGUUAAGCAGAGAACAGUCUCUGGAUUCACUUUCGUCUCUUUUGGAUGACAGUGAGACGUGUAGCUUUAAGGAGAUACCAACAUACGGUAGUAAUCCGUUAGGCAGAAGAAGGUUCCAGUCUGAUUCUGAGUUUGAAGCGGACUCUGAAGACAAUACGGAUUACAGUGUGAACAGUUUGCCGAAGGAAGACGAGUAUCAAGGAGAUGAAAAGAGUUUACAACAGCUGCAGAAUUCUGGAGAUAUAAGAGAAGAUAAGGAACAGGCAGAAAAGCAGCUACCUAGAAGAAAGACUAUUGGAUCUGGUUUCUGGAUGGCGAUGAGAGAUGCGUUUGUGCCAAAACUCGAGCAUUCAGCACAAGAUUUAAGUGAUGAUGCUGCUUUGACAGUAACAGAUGAAACGUUGACGAUUGUAGAUGAUCGAGAAACAGAUAAUGCUACAGUUGUAGCAGACUCAGGAGUUGCAGAAGAGGAAGAAGAGGACGAAGAAGAAGAAGAAGAAGAGGAGGAGGAAUUACCGUCGUAUGAUGAUUUGUUCCCCAAUGGAGGUAGUUGGAGAGCGCUCAUCAACUUCCGAAGCCAUGAUCAUGAUGAGAAGAGGCAGAUUUCAACAGCAGUUGUGACGUCCUCGGAAAGCGAAGUUGAAUUACCAAGAAGCAAAGAAGAAGAAGUUGAAGACGCUAUUAUCACCCUGAAAUCUCGACAGCAAUUGAAUGCUGAUAAGAGAUUAAUGUUCUUCUGGCUACCAUUUAUGGUUGUUCUCCUGCUGAUAGUGCUUUGUAAUCACUUGAAUUUGAUCAAGUUCAGCGAGUUUUCUGCAGUUUCUAACGCUGUUAGAAAAGCACGUGACGUAUUUGGAUCGGUGAUGAUUGGAAAAGAACGAUUCACUAAUUUGUUGAACAAGAACUUGAAUUUUGGACGAGAAAGAAUGGGGAAGGUGUUUAAUGAUAUGAAUGAUGCUGUUCUUACAGCCGUUGGAGGAAGACAAUAA